ACAUUAAGAAUUUCUAUUUUUCAGAUUAAUUCUUACCUCUGACCAGCCUUCAGGUUAUAGUUGAAGGAUGGGUCCUCUGGACCGAGGUUUGUAUAUUGUAGAGGCGGAGAUAUCCGUCCUCCUAACCUCUAUGAGAAGAGGAAACCUCUGGAGUUCGAACACUAACCAGGACGCAAACACGGAGAACUUGAUCAAAGAGUUCUCCGCUCUCAAGAAGUCCCUCGGCACUGUCAACAGCUUCUCUGAGCUGGACACCGUUGAGUUCCUGAUGCCUUUCCUUGACGUGAUCAGGUCCGAGGAUGUUACCGGUCAUGUGACCGGGCUGGCUCUAACGGCGGUCAAUAAAUUCCUGGCUUAUGAUAUGAUUGAUGCUGACAAACCCAAUGUGAGUAGUGCAGUCGAAAAUUUGGCCGAUGCAGUCACACACGCAAGGUUUGUUGGAAGUGACCCUGGGUCUGACGAGGUCAUCCUUCUCAAGAUUCUUGACGUCCUCAAGAUCUUAAUUCUCAGCAAGGUCGGCCUCCUCCUCACUAACGAGAGUAUCUGUGAGAUCAUGCAGUCCACACUAAGGAUUUGCUUUGAGCCAAGACUGAGUGAAUUAUUGCGGAAAACUGCACAGAACUGUUUGAUGGAUAUGGUUCAGCUACUUUAUACUAGACUCCCAACCUUCACAGAGAAUCAGAAACCUCUUCUCAAGAAACUAAAAAUGAGAUCUUUAGCGGGAGAUAAGACAAAAAGAAAGUCCAAGGUUCGUGUGAAGAAAGCCGUCUCUCCUAGCUCUAGUUCUGGAUUGAACAAGUCUCCGUCUUUAUCAAGUUUAAAUAGUUCAACAACUGGACUUUUACAAAGUGAAGAAGUAACUAGUCCAACCACACCCACUUCUCCUAGCGGCAGCUACUUUGCAGGGGGCGGAGCAGUGCUCGCCAGAUCUCCAGUUGGAAGUGUGGCGGAUCUCUCCGUUGUUUCUGACACUGAGGCCCUGACAAGUGAUACUGAACUGAGCUUGGAUCCAACAAUCAAUGGAAUUGUCAAGAUAAAUCCGGAACAAUCCUCUCAGGCUGGAACUGAACCGACCGGACCGGAGUCUGUGGAGAUACACGUGACCUCUCCGGAGGGAACUGUCCGUCCUCCGGGAGGUCCGGUUGAGUCUGACUCAGGGUACCUCGCAAAGGUGGAUGAGGAUGGUUCAACUCCUGACACUGAGCAAGUUGAAGCUCGACAGUUUACCAAUGAAGCAGGAACAGGAGUAACCUUUACGAGUACAGUAGAUACAGUGGAUUCAAACGGGGCUCUCAUUCCCUACGGUCUACCCGCUGUAUACGAACUUCUCAGGUUUCUGUCGUCGUUGAUUAACAUCAACGAUCCUCAGAACACCGAGCAGCAGAUACAGAUAGGACUCAGCUUGGUUAUCUGUGCACUUGAGGUUGGAGUGGAAAGCAUGGAGAAGUUUCCAAGUUUAAUGAGCCUGGUUAAAGACGACCUCUGUAGGAAUUUGAUUGUACUGCUGGCAAGUGAAAGGAUUGGAAUGUUCUCAGCAUCUCUAAGGUGCUGCUACCUCGUGUUCUCGAGCUUGCGAUCCCACCUCAAGUUACAGCUGGAGCAGUUCCUUGUUAAGCUCUGUGAACUGGUCGGAUCAGAGUCAUCCAGGGUCUCUUAUGAGCACAGAGAACUCGCACUAGAACAAAUAGUUUUGAUGUACAAGAUGCCCGGGUUCAUUACAGAGGUUUAUCUCAACUACGAUUGUGGAUUGUAUACACACAAUCUGUUCGAGGAUCUUACUAAAGUAUUAUCUAAGAACGCCUACCCCGUGGCUGGUCUAAUGAGUACCCAUCACCUCGCCCUGGAGGCUCUUCUUGUAGUUCUAGAGAGUAUUGAACGCCAAUGCCAGCGGAGGAUAUCUGACAGGGUGCCUCAACCUCCACUAUACCAACAGAAUACAGGAUUGGACAGCUCUAGAUCAGAUUCAUUGACAAAGGUUGCCGGUACCAUCUCAAUGAUGAACAAGAGCUCAGGUCACAUUUUUGCAACUAACUCGAAAUCGCCAACACCGAUUGACAGCUCUCCAGUGAAGAUGGCGUCCCUAGUUCCAACACAUGAGAACCUGAUGGCGAUCAAGCAUAAGAAGAAGCUUCUCUCCACCGGUACAGAGCAGUUCAACAUGAAGCCCAGCAAGGGUAUUGAAUAUCUCCAAGAGAACCGUCUCCUCUCUAAACCAACCGAUCCUAUGGAGGUCGGACGCUUUCUCCGGGAGAACCCGCACCUCUGCAAGAAUAUGAUUGGAGAGUAUAUCUCCAACAAGAAGAACUUAGAUGUUCUUAAAGCGUUCGUCAAAUCCUUUGAUUUCCGUGGAUUAAGAAUUGACGAGGCGCUCCGGCAGUUUCUCCAGUCCUUCAGACUACCUGGAGAAGCUCCACUUAUUUCUAUGAUAAUGGAGAUCUUUGGAGAGCAUUGGCAUAUUAGUAACGACGAAUGUUUGGUUGAUGCUGAUGCCCCGUAUACCCUGGCCUACGCAGUUAUUAUGCUCAACACAGAUCAACAUAAUCCUAACGCUAGCAAACAAAAUGUUCCAAUGACCAAUGAUCAGUUUGUGAAGAAUCUGCGUGGAACGAAUGGUGGUGGAGAUCACGAUCCUGAGAUGUUAUCUGAGAUCUACCAGGCGAUCAAGGAGGAUGAGAUCGUUAUGCCAGCAGAACAGAAAGGAUUAGUUAAAGAGAACUAUUUGUGGAAACUACUGUUACGACGAGGGUCUUCUUCUCAUGAACCUGAAGUUCUACGACGUGCUCUGGAUGGAUUCUCUAAGUGCGCGAUGGUUGCUGCGCACUACGCAAUGUCUGAUGUGUUGGACAACCUGGUGAUCUCCUUGACCAAGUUCACGACCCUCCUCAGCACCAACGAGACUCCUGAGAACUUCAAGAUUAUCUACGGAGGGAACAACAAGGCGCUUCUUGCCACACGGGCAGUUUUUAGUCUCACGCAUAAGUAUGGAGAUAUACUACGGGAGGGAUGGAGGAAUCUGGUUGAGUGCCUACUGCAGAUGUUUAAGUGUCAACUCCUCCCACCUUCUCUAAUGGAAUCGGAGGACUAUAUUGAGUCCUCUGGCAGGGUUUGUUUGUUCCGUGAGGAUAUUCCUCGUGAGAAGGCUGAUAGUGGACUCAUCAACUCCUUGGUAUCCUUCAUCGUAGCAUCCAGUGAGGCUCCCAGGACUCUUUCUAGAGAGGAAGAGGAUUGUAUAGAUAUUGCUAAGAAAACAGUAUCUGAAUGUCACCCGGAGCACUUGUUAACCGAAUCAAAGUUCCUUCUUACAGAGUCUUUACAAGAAUUAAUGAGGUUCCUGAUAUCUGGGUCUAGUCUGGACUCUGGGGAUGACAAGGCUGACCACCGUGCUACACUUUUCUACCUGGAGAUUAUUACACGGAUAACUAUUGCUAACAAAGACAGGGUGAUGAUAAUAUGGAGAGGAGUGUCUGAUCACAUCUCCAGGCUUAUCAGUGCUACAGCUCCUACCCUGGAUACUCUCUUCCAACUAGAGAGAGCUGUCACAGCUGUACUCAGGCUAGCUGUCAGAUUGGCGAGGAAGGAAGAGAUUGCCUCCACGGUGGUUCAAUCCUUGAAGAUAUUACUGGCGAUGAAACCAGGGUCUAUUUUUCAUGUUUCUAAACAGGUGAGUUACGGUCUCCAUGAUUUGCUGCGCAACAAUGCCGCAAAUAUUCACUCUGCUGAGGACUGGUCUGUCGUCUUUAGUCUGCUAGAGGUUGUUGGAGCCGGAGCUAGUCCAGAUUUACCUUCAUCAGGGCUAGGAACUGAUGAGGACAGUGGUCAAGGAGGUGAGAGUGAGGAUGGUGGAGGACGGGAUAGAGCUGAAAGCGGAGGAUGGAUUGAUCUUGGUAAAGAUGACAAGAAACUAUUGGAUCGGAAGCGUAGCAGUGAGCUGGUGGAGAGGAAGUACAGUAUUGUGCACACCAGACAGAUUGUUAUGCACGACUCUAUAUCCUUCCUCAAGUCCUGUGAAUCCCUCUCCUUCCUUGUCCGGGACGUGGUUCAUAUUACUCCGGAGAACUUUCACACUUGUGUUGCAGCUAUACGCACCUUUGUGGAGGCUAGUUACAAGGGGGAGCUGACAACUGUGCGCUCGGAUUUGACCUCCAGGGGGCGCGUGUCAGAGCGUCCUCUACCGAAGAGCAGUGUGAAGAGGACGCCAAAGAACAGAAAUCCUCCGAUUCGACGGAUCCGGUCCGAACCCAGGAAUAUGGAUUAUGAUGCAGAUGAGGAGGAGGAAGAUGAGCUGAUAGGAGAGUAUACUCAUGUUACAAUGCAGCUUCUAGACCUCAUGCAUACACUUCAUACACGUGCUGCUGAUGUUCAUGAAGCGUGGGCCCAGGAGGGAGGAGGAGGAGGAGGUGAAGGAGAUCUAUGGGAUACAGCAUGGUGUCCUGUACUACAAGGUAUGGCGAGAUUGUGUUGUGAUAGAAGAGCUGAGAUUAGAACCCAGGCUCUUACUUUACUCCAGCGCUCUCUUCUUAUACCAGAUCUCCAAGUUCUCCAACCAACACAGUGGGAGUUCUGCUUUCUCCGGGUACUGUUCCCUAUGCUGCGUAAGCUCCUAGAGCCAGGUUCUGGACCAGGUUCUAUGACAGUAUCAGGACGGGAGGAGACUAAACUCCGUGCUGCCAUGAUGCUGAGCAAAGUAUUUCUUCAGCAUCUUGGUCCUCUCUCCUCCCUUCCAACCUUCGCAGCUCUUUGGUUGACAAUUCUAGAUUUUAUAUCUCAGUUUGUUUCUACAGCUAGCACUGAUCUUCUGUCUGAUGCUUUACCCGAGAGUUUAAAGAAUAUGCUCCUUGUUAUGGAUACCAGCGGGAAACCUUUAUUCUUCUCCGAGGAGACUGGAGAACCUACUCCACUAUGGAUUGUUACCUGGGAGAAAAUAGAUACCUUCCUCCCGACACUGAGACAAGAGACGUUUGGAGAUUUAAAGACAAGGCGGGGAUCUAAACCUAAUCCACCAGCUGACAAAGUUGAGAACUCUUACCCAGCUUCUCUUAACGAAGCUCCAGUAGAACCGAGUUCACUUCCCAGUGGAGACAAUUUUGAUUCUAAGGAAAAAGUUGAAAGCGAUUCUGUUGAAUCCAUCCCUCCUUUGGAGAUAUCAGCGGAGCAAGGUGAACACUACGACGCCAAACCUGAACUAGAGAAAGGUGUCCCCGUAGCAAUCCAAGCUUUGUCUGAGAAUGAACCUGGUCCUGCUCAGGAGCCACUUCUUGAAGUUUCUAAUCAAGAAUCCACGAUUCAACCUCAAUCAGAAGCUUCGGCAGCCGCUGCUUUCGAACCCACAGAUGCUACUGCUCCGGGAGCUGUUCUUCCUGAACCUCCCGUAGCAACAGGGAUAGCCAGUUACUUUUUCAGCUCCGUUAUCUCCAGCCAGCCCUUUAGUGUAGUUGAUCCAGGAGUAGGUGCCAGGGAUAAAUUCCCAUCUCUACCUGUAAAUCUGAACACACAGGGAACUGUUGUAUCAACCCAGGGUUCUACACUGAACCUGCAAGGAACAAGGGUAGGACCAGGAUUUCAAUCCCCAACAUCUCCAGGUCCAACUUCACCCAUCGGUUCCCCGAUCAUCUCCAGCUCUGCCUUUAGUCUCCCAACCUCUCCAUCUCAUCCCAGUUCCAGUCCUAACAUUCUCUUCUCUCCUAUAGUUCCUGCUCCAGGUCCUAUUGGAAACUCUCCCAUAGCUGCUCCAACCCCUGUUAUCCCUAACUCAUCCAACCCUGUGAUAACACCUUUAGUAUCCAACAACAUGAUCGGCUCCAGUAUUCAAUCAACUGCAUUUUCUCCAACCAACCCUCUGUUCCUCCCUACUGCUCCUCUCCCUCCAUUUCCCACAAGUGUGUCUCCUCCCAACCCUCCAGAGUAAAUAUUUCAAAUUCCCCUGACCCUGUGAAGUGUUAAGUGUUGACCCUCAAAUAUCUGUGAUGUGCAAUUCUUAAGUUGUCAAAACCAAUCCUACUGUUGACAUUUCUCCAGGCUCUGAUUCAAUGUAAAUUCAACAACCAGUAGAAUCCACUCUACAAUAGAAUAGAGAAUUUAAAUCAUUUGUCCACUACAUUAUAUGGUUUUAUAUGUUGGGUUAAAUUUUAAAUUUUUAGCCAUGGAGCUUUACACUUCACUAGCUGGAAAUAAAAGAAUAAUGUAUUCAAAUGCAUAUAGACCACUUCUGCACUUUUUUUGUGAUAAAGUAAGACUAUAAUUUAAUUUUUUUGGAACAUUUUCAGAAACAAUUUUCGAUAAAAUAACUUUUGAGUCUAUUCAUUCCAAUGAUUUUGUAUGCAAUAUAUUAGCCUGUUAGGUAUCUAAAUUAAAUUUAGUUUUUGAUCUAAACAGUUUUGUUGCGUAUACUGUAUAUUUAUCCAAUCGAGUUGACCAGCUUAUCGACCAGCCGCGUGGCCGCAGAUUUUCUUUUUUUAAUGUUUGAACAAAUAUUUAUGUUUAUGAUAUUUUAUUUAAAAUAAAAGUUUAUCAGGAU